GGAGCGGUUUGAAGGAAUCCAAGACUUAAUGAAUGGCUGAAUGCCCAUUUGCUUCCGCCAUUCAAUGAACCCAAUCAACACUUACGCCCAUGACCCUGGCGCUGUGAGAUUUCUGGCAGCAACUCUCUCCUCGAUGUCCUCCACCACGAUGGACUCGGACUCGCGGCUCCAUGGCUUGCAUUACCCCGAAGGUUUCCUCGAUUCCCUUCCCGUCCUACACAACCGUCCUCCCCGCAUUCUCCCAUUUAUACAUUGACGGCGGCACAGCGACAAUCCUGCCCAAAAUCUCUUCUUCUCCCAUGCUCGUGCUCGGGAGGGCCUGCCUCCGCAGGUUAGCGUUCCACGUUAUCGUGGCCUCGUUUCGGUCGCGUGCCCCGCGGAGGAUGAUGAGGGCCUCAUGUACGAAGAUGACGGUCCUGCACCCGUGUACAAGGAUUUUACCGAAAAUAACUGGAGCCAUGGACGCCAGCACGCAUCCUCCAUAUCUUCUACAGCAAGUUCGACAUCUCCUCUUUCUGCUUCUACCACAGCUACUUCCCUUUGGUCCGAUGCGCCGAAUCCCGAAAGUCGAUCCUGUCCACCCUCUGAGACCAAUAACACUCCGCCACCACCAUGCCGACCGCGGUCUUCGUCACACCGCCUCGUUUCGAGUAUAACACUGCCUGAGAUAUUAUUGCUCACUGAAUCUGUUUUCGUCAAGCCUCAUAUUCCUGAUGGCAUAUCUCUGUGAGCGUCACAUCCGCCAAAUCGUGCUUGCUGCUUGUUGAUUCUCAUGUACCGGCCACUAGUCGUAACUUCGGCACACAAGUGCCCAUAUACGCUACUCU